AUGCGCUUGUCCGGCUCUUUUACAGAUGAAAGCAUCUCUUUCGAGUUCGAACCCUCUGGACAGAUUGUGCCAUCCAUAGAGCCCCAUAGAGGUCAAUAUAAACUCCAAACAGAUCAUCACGAAAGCCUACAGCACCAGCAACUUCAGCGUCGUCGCAAAUCAAUGCUGCCAGUAAAGGUGAAUAACCACAGGCCAAUUUUAGGGUUCACUGAGUCAGGAUUUGAGUCACACAAGAAUGCUGCUUAUGAUAUAAAGGAUCGAAACCCUGCACAACCAUCCAUUUUUUCAUCCCUUUCUCUCGAUUCUGAAGCUGACUCUAACUCAAUAGCUGGCACAAGAACUCUAGAAUCGGUGCAUGCUGGUCCUCAUUCAACUCUCCGUUAUUAUCCGUCAGUUACACCUGGUUGCGUGGACCAAGGAAGCUAUUCGCUUCUUUACUCUCCUGAACACCAUCCUGAGCAUCUUCAUUAUUCCCUCCCAAAGCGCAUAUCUGAACAUUCUCCGUCGACUUGCCGACAUAUCAUCUCUACACCAAACCCGUUGACUUCAUCCAUGGGCCUUUUAUCAGCCCAUACACACCUUGGACAAAGCGGAACUCUAUCCAGACUAAGCAUAAUUGGAGAAAAAACUCCACUGGUAGCAAUCACAUGCUCCGAUCGCACUGAUCUCAAAUAUUCCAGUCCGAUGCCCUCCAGAAUAGAACAGCCGAUGGCACAUCCUAAGGUUAGCUUUUUUAUAUUUGUACUAAACAUGUUUGAAAACUGCUAG